AUGACUGAAGUCUUUUCUUCGCAUUUGGAAGUGUUACUGUCCGUCUGUGGUCUCACGUCGGGAUUGAAAAGCCAAGCAUUUCUGCUGCUUCUCGUUUCUCUAGGUCACUUUUCUGUUGCAAAGCCGUUUUGCUCAUCAGGUGGCCUACAGCUGAACCAGAAGGCACUCACCACUUUCCCGGAUGUGGUGCUUGUUCGGGUGUCCACACCCUCGCUGCAGUCGGACAGUGACAUCACCGUCCUGCGACACCUGGAGAAGUUGGGCUGCCGCCUAGUCAAUCGCUCGCAGAGUAUUUUAAACUGCAUCAACAAGUUCUGGACAUUCCAAGAGCUGGCUGGACAUGGGGUCCCCAUGCCAGACACCUUCUCCUAUGGUGGGCAUGAAGACUUUUCAAAAAUGAUUGAUGAAGCUGAGCCCCUGGGCUACCCGGUCGUGGUGAAGAGCACACGAGGACACCAGGGAAAGGCUGUUUUCCUUGCAAGAGACAAACAUCACCUCUCAGACAUCUGCCAUCUGAUCCGCCAUGACGUGCCCUACCUGUUCCAGAAGUAUGUGAAGGAGUCACACGGAAAAGAUAUCCGGGUGGUGGUGGUCGGGGGCCAGGUGAUAGGCUCUAUGCUUCGCUGCUCCACGGACGGACGGAUGCAGAGCAACUGCUCUCUCGGUGGUGUGGGUGUCAUGUGCCCGCUGACAGAGCAAGGCAAGCAGUUGGCUAUUCAGGUCUCCAAUAUCCUGGGCAUGGACUUCUGUGGCAUUGAUCUCCUCAUCAUGGACGAUGGCUCCUUUGUGGUGUGUGAGGCAAACGCCAACGUUGGUUUCCUCGCCUUCGACCAGGCAUGCAACUUAGACGUGGGUGCGAUCAUUGCAGACUAUGCUGUGUCCUUGCUGCCAAAUAUGCAGACUGGGAAGAUGGCCAUCCUCCCAGGCCUGUCCAGUCCCAGGGAGAAGAGCGAGCCAGAUGGCUGUGCUGCAGCUCGGGGCGUUGCAGAGAGCAUCUACACCAUCAACAACGGGUCUACCUCCAGUGAGAGUGAGCCUGAACUGGGAGAGGUCCGCGGUCCCUCAGCAAGCACGCCAGGGCCCCCGCCCCCCACGCUGCCCGAACCCAGCUACAACAUUAACAAUAGGAUUGCUUCUGAAUUAAAACUGAAGUGAAUUCCUGCUUUUGUUGGCAGCAUUUAAACCAAAUCCUACUGCUUCCCUAGUUGUUUUGAAUGAAUAAAAUCUGGACUAAUGUGA